GUUAAAAGAGACUCAUAAGGCAAUAAUGACCGUAACUUCACCGAAUUAAAUCCACAGGGCAAAAGACAACCACUGGCUACAGCCCAACCUGGACAUUCUUGCGGGUCGAAUUGCAGCGAAUUGGAAAUUCCCCCUCGUUGCAGACUUCUGCCCCGCUCAGAAAACAAAAAAUUUCGACAACCAGUUGUUGGAUUCGUUUGUACCUGGCUCUAUUUCCACCUUUCACGCGGCCCGGUACCAAUCUUGCGUGGUUGACCUUUUUGGUGAAGCAGAUUGAUUGCUUGAAUGUAACAAGUCUCGCUGCCUAACUACUUCUUCAUCCUGUCUCUCUUUCGUUCUCUCUACCGUUGUCCACGACUGCUCUUCCUCACUCACCGUCAACCUCACCACUUUCGCUACUUCAACUUCUCACACCCACUCAAAAUGUCCGAAAUCACACACCCCACCAUCAAAGAUGGCUGGUUCAGAGAAAUCUCCGACAUGUGGCCAGGCCAGGCCAUGAUCCUCAAGGUCAACCAGGUCCUUCACCACGAGAAGUCCAAAUACCAAGACGUCCUGGUCUUUGAGAGCAGUGAUCAUGGCACUGUCCUUGUCCUUGACAACGUCAUCCAAUGCACCGAACGAGACGAGUUUUCUUAUCAAGAGAUGAUCACACACUUGGCAAUGAACUCUCAUCCCAACCCCAAGUCCGUUCUUGUCAUUGGUGGCGGUGACGGCGGUGUUCUGCGUGAGGUUGUCAAGCACGAGACGGUUGAAAAGGCCAUCCUCUGCGACAUUGACGAAGCUGUCAUCCGCGUCAGCAAGAAAUACUUGCCCGGCAUGUCCAUUGGCUAUCAACAUCCUGCCGUCGAGACCUUUAUCGGCGAUGGUUUCAAGUUUCUGGCAGACCGUAAAGAUGAAUUCGACGUUAUCAUCACCGACAGCAGUGAUCCUGAAGGCCCAGCAGAGUCUUUGUUCCAGAAACCUUAUUUUGAGCUUCUCUACGGAGCCUUGAAAGAGGGUGGUGUCAUUACUACCCAAGGUUGUGCGCUCCCAUCCUCCCCACCCACAAUAGUUGUUGAUGAGCAGUUGUGCUCCAGUCUACCCUAUUCAAACUGUGACAAUCAUGUACUGACUUGUGUCUCUCUCCAGCUGAAAACCAAUGGCUUCACCUUCCACUCAUCACCAAGCUCAAGAAAGAUUGCAAGGAAGUCUUCCCCGUCGUCGAAUACGCCUACACCACCAUCCCCACCUAUCCUUCCGGCCAGAUUGGAUUCAUGGUUUGUUGCAAGGACCCCUCUCGCAACGUCAAGGAGCCUCUCCGCACAUGGACCCCCGAGGAGGAAGAGAAGCUGUGCCGAUACUACAACAAGGAGAUCCACAAAGCCAGCUUCGUCCUGCCCACUUUUGCCCGCAAGCACCUCAACUAAGCACGCAAACUCCUACAUGGGCCCCGACACGGACUCAAAGCCUCUCAACUGAGUCACUUCUUCAUUUGUAAUUCAAGCAUGAUACCAGGUCAAGCGUUUUUCUUUCUUCCCUACGGCUGUGUUGAUCUCAGCCUUGACAUCUUGUGGAUCGAUUCUUGGGCCGUUUGCGGCAGAUGUACUUCUGUUGCCAUGAGAUUUGCAGAUCAUGGGAAUUCUUUACAACCGACAAGACCGACAUAUGCAUAGAAACAUUGAACCAAAAAAAUUAUCGGGAGUUUGCACACGAAUUUGCCGUUCCCAGAUACAGUAUGCUAGAUGAUGAGAGACGAACAAGGACUGUGGUAGAACCAAUCCAAACAGCGAUAACGCAAUCUGUUUCAAGACACAAUUCCGAG